AUGGCUGAAGGUGUUUUCUCCGGUGCUAUCGGUAUCGACUUGGGUACCACAUACUCUUGUGUGGCUACUUACGAGUCCUCUGUUGAGAUUAUUGCUAACGAGCAAGGUAACAGAGUUACGCCUUCUUUCGUCGCCUUCACUCCUGAGGAGAGACUAAUCGGUGACGCUGCUAAGAACCAGGCUGCUUUGAACCCAAGAAACACUGUGUUCGACGCCAAGCGUUUGAUCGGUAGAAGAUUUGACGAUGAGUCUGUGCAGAGCGACAUGAAGACUUGGCCAUUCAAGGUCAUCGACGCCAACGGCUCUCCAAUGAUUGAGGUUGAGUACUUGGGUGAGACCAAGUCCUUCUCUCCCCAGGAGAUCUCCGCCAUGGUCUUGACCAAGAUGAAGGAGAUCGCUGAGGCCAAGAUCGGCAAGAAGGUUGAGAAGGCUGUCAUCACCGUCCCAGCUUACUUUAACGACGCACAGAGACAGGCCACCAAGGACGCUGGUGCAAUUGCUGGUUUGAACGUCUUGAGAAUCAUCAACGAGCCAACUGCCGCUGCCAUCGCCUACGGUUUGGGUGCCGGUAAGUCCGAGAAGGAGAGACACGUUUUGAUCUUUGACUUGGGUGGUGGUACUUUCGAUGUUUCUUUGUUGAACAUCGCCGGUGGUGUCUACACUGUUAAGUCUACCUCCGGUAACACUCACUUGGGUGGUCAGGAUUUUGACACCAACUUGUUGGAGCACUUCAAGGCUGAGUUUAAGAAGAAGACUGGUUUGGACAUCUCCGGUGACGCCAGAGCUCUAAGAAGAUUGAGAACCGCUGCUGAGAGAGCCAAGAGAACCUUGUCCUCUGUCACCCAGACCACUGUUGAGGUCGACUCUUUGUUCGAGGGUGAGGACUUCGAGACCUCCAUCACCAGAGCUAGAUUCGAGGACAUCAACGCUGCUUUGUUCAAGUCCACUCUAGAGCCAGUUGAGCAGGUCUUGAAGGACGCUCAAAUCUCCAAGUCCCAGAUCGACGAGGUCGUCUUGGUCGGUGGCUCUACCAGAAUUCCAAAGGUCCAGAAGUUGUUGUCUGACUUCUUCGAGGGCAAGCAGUUGGAGAAGUCCAUCAACCCUGACGAGGCUGUCGCUUACGGUGCUGCUGUCCAGGCUGCUAUCUUGACCGGUUCUAACUUGUCUGACGACACCAAGGACUUGUUGUUGCUAGAUGUUGCUCCAUUGUCCCUAGGUGUUGCCAUGCAGGGCGACGUUUUUGCAUGUGUUAUUCCAAGAAACACUACUGUUCCAACCAUCAAGAGAAGAACCUUCACUACCGUCCACGACGGUCAGACCACCGUUACGUUCCCAGUCUACCAGGGUGAGCGUGUCAACUGUAAGGACAACACCUUGUUGGGUGAGUUUGACUUGAAGGGCAUUCCACCAUUGCCAGCUGGUGAGCCAGUUUUGGAGGCUAUCUUCGAGGUUGACGCUAACGGUAUCUUGAAGGUUACCGCCGUCGAGAAGUCUACCGGUAAGACUGCCAACAUCACUAUCUCUAACGCUAUUGGCAGAUUGUCUUCCGAGGACAUCGAGAAGAUGGUUUCCCAGGCUGAGGAGUUUAAGGCCGCUGAUGAGGCUUUCGCCAAGAGACACGAGGCUAGACAGAGACUAGAGUCUUACGUUUCCUCCAUUGAGCAGACCGUCUCCGACCCAGUUUUGUCCGCCAAGAUGAAGAAGGGCGCUAAGUCCAAGGUUGAGGCUGCUCUAGCUGACGCUUUCUCCGCUUUGCAGAUCGAGGAAUCUUCUGCCGAGGACUACAGAAAGGCUGAGAUCGGUUUGAAGAGAGUGGUCACCAAGGCUAUGGCCACUCGUUAA